GCAUGACGUCAGCGGCAGAGCUAGAGAAGGACAGGCAGAAUGGCUACCCAGUGCCGUAGCUCUAAAUGCACGGCAGAGAGGAAAGGAUUCCGGCGGGAACUCGAUUCCUGGCGGCACAAAUUGGUCCACUGUGUAGGGUUUGAAAGCAUAUUAGAGGGGAUCUAUGGACCAAGGCUGCUCAGAGAUCUCAGUAUAUUUGAUGACUGUGAACCAGAUGCGGUCAGUGACUGGUCAGUGGAUGCCAGCUGUUCUUUCUGCAAUCUCCAAUUAGAGAAACUCAGUGACCAUAUUCCCCCUGUCAGUUCACCUCAGUCACCUCCAACUGAAGAAACCCCUCCCCCUCCUCCUCAGGGCCAGUCAAACACUGAGAAUAUCGAAUGCCAAGCUGACCGAUUUCUCCAUGCAAUCUUUCGAAAGAAAGACCUUCCUCAGAGCUGUGAUCCGAACAUUCCCUUAGUUGCUCAGGAAUUAAUGAAAAAGAUGAUCCGCCAGUUUGCCAUUGAAUACGCUCAAAAUGGGGUGCUUGAUCUCUCCAAAAAGAAUUGUGCUAGUUCUGCAUUGUCAACUUCAUCUAAUCAAAAAGCAUCAGGGAGACCGCAGAAAGAUGACUAUGUGGGAAGAAGCUCUGAGUUUUCGGAAGGCUUGCUCUCGAAAGCCUUGAAAGACGUUGAGUCGGGAUCACUGGACGUUCACAAAGCCGCCGUGCUUUACGGCAUACCUCAAAAAACGUUGCGCCUCCAGCUGGAGGCCUCGGCCGAAGGGAGGCUGGAGGACGGCGAAGACCUGCUGUCGAAGAGCAGGGAGACCCACCUGGUCCUGCAGAAGGUGGCGGCCUGGGCCCGGGCCCACGGCGAGCGGGCCGAGCUGGGCAAGCUGGGCCUCGCGGAAAACUCUGAGCUGAAGUUUCCGGCAGCUUCCACCUACCUCCACCAGCUGACCCUGCAGCGGAUGGUCUCUCAGCUGCGAGAGAAGAGCGAGAGCCUCUACUUCGAGAGCUCAAACAAUCCCGCCGUGCGUUUGAAAAUCCCUCAGGUACGAAUCAGCUCUGUGCCCAAGUCCCAGGCCGACAUCUCCAGCCUCGUGGACAUAAUGUACCAAGUGUCUAAAGCCACAUCGACGCCCGAAGCCUCAGCGCUGCAGAAGCUCAAAACCAUACUCCCCAAGCAGAACAAGAUGGACUGUUCUGUGCCUCUACUUCACUCUGGUAUCGAAUCCUGCCUCAUGCAAGCCGACCUUUCUCCCUUGUGUCUUAACUUGAAGAACGGCUCCGUGGACGACGCCGCCGAUGACCUGGACCGCAAGGACAAGCAGCCCAGGAAGAAGCGCGGUCGCUACCGGCAGUACGACCACGACAUCCUGGAAGAAGCCAUCAGCAUGGUCAUGGGUGGCAAGAUGAGCGUCUCUAAAGCACAAGGAAUCUACGGUGUACCUCACAGCACUUUGGAGUACAAAGUGAAGGAGCGGUCCGGGACGCUCAAGGUGCCGCCCAAAAAGAAAUCCAGGUUCUCGGAAUCCGGGCCUUUGCGUGCGACCGAAUCAGGGACAAGCAGUUCCAAAAGGGAUUAGACUGCGCUUUGCUUUUCCUCUCUCAAGUCUAACUUGAACACUUGAAUACUCAAACUUAGACAGGAUAUAUUUAAGCGAACACUUCAAAACACAAAACAUGCCUUUAAACAUAGUUCAUUCAGGGUUUUCACUGUGGAUAUAUUAUACAUUUAUAUAUAUAUACAUAUAUAUAUAUAAAUAUGAUAGAUAUUGUAAAGCACUGUCUGUUUAAUUUAUGUAUGAACCUUACGUUUUACUCUAAAAUAUUCAGGUUUGGUUUACCUUUAGCUUCUUGGAGCAUUAAUGAUUGUUAUGUGCAGCUUUCUCACUGGGUCAAUCAUCCAGUUUAAUAAAGUGACUUACUAUUAAUACUACUGAGACUAGAUCAGUAUCUCAGUCAAAUCUUAUGAAUGAGAUGGGAGAGAAUCAUGGUACUCCUGAAGUGUCCAUAUGUGUAAGAAGGAGCACUAUAUGGCAAAACGUACUGGCAUCUCAGUUGGAGGUCAGUACAACAGAAGUUUAAAAGCACUUCCUGGUGGGUUUUUUUUUACGCCUGAAGUUGAGCAUUUUUCAAUUAUCAUCUUGGAAAAACUUGUUGUAUAAAAGUAGUUUGUAUCUGAAAUUUCAACAAAAAAAACCCUGUUUUUUCUUGUUUGGUGAAAGAAACUCGAUCUUCAAAUUGUCCUGGGUAAGUUGGAAUGCACCAUAAAGCAUGUUGAAAAUGUGCACAGAAAAAGCUUGAGAAUGGUUUUGUGAAUGUGUGCUGUAUAUAUUUUAUUAUAAAUUAGUAUUUAUGAAGGUUUUUUCCACACUAUACUACUGUAAACCUCACUUAAAACAACUCCGCUGCUGUGAAAUUUUUUUUUUUUUUUUUUAGAAGUGUAUAUAAAUGAUAUAAUUUCGGUGAUUUUUCCCAAAUGUCAGUACAUUGGCAUUGCAUUAUUCCGCUAAUACCAAAAUAACAGUUCAGGUUACAUUUCACUCCACAAAACAGAAGCUGCUUGAAAUAUUGUAUACGGGAUAUCUCAGUCUCAAUCAUUUUAUUUUAUUUUAUUUUUUUGUAGGAAUUUUUAAUAUAGAAAAAUAUUGAAUGAUGUUAAGGUUAUAUACCAGGUGUUUCUUUUAAAGACAUUUCAAUUUUAUGAUGAACAAUUUACUGUUGAUACAACCUCUUCUAACAGUUUGGCUGCCUGGAAGUGAAAUUCCAACACUAUAAAUUAUUAAGUGUAUAUUGCUAAGAGAUAAUUUAAAAUAUUUAAUUCUGAAGUUUUGUAAUGGACUGAAUUUUUAAUUCAAACUUUUCUGACUUCCUCAUGGAUUUUUCUUGCUCCUUGUCUUGUGAUAAAUUAUUUAUGUAAAUUUAUUUAAGCUUAUGUUCUUUCUAAAGGGCACCAGGUUCUCUUUUCUUUUUUGCGAACCAAUUUCUUUUCAAUUGACGAUAUUUUACUGGUUUCAACACACCAAACAAAACGGGUGAGCGCAGUGAUUUCUCUCGCUAUAAACUGAUUUCAUUUUUUUUUCUUUUACAAAUAAGACAGAGGUAUUCUUAAAUCACUCUUAAUACACCGCAUCACAGGUGAUCUAACCUGGAGGUGAUCUGAAUGUUUCUUGAAAUGCUUUUCGUAACAGUACAGUGCCUCUGUUUUUAGAACUACUGCUCAGAUAAUUAACCAGUCUCUGGAAGCUUUAGAAAAUUUUAUACUCAACUACUGCAUAUUUCCAGUUUUUUGUGCAAUGGAUUUCAGUUUACAGAUUAAUUUACGCAUUCUGGUUUUAAGUGCAGUAUUUCUACGCUCACUCUCUCCAGAAUACAGAUGUCGGCCUUUAUUUUCCUUCAUUUUUCUUUAAUGACUUGGUUAAUAUGAAAUUAUCAGUUUUUAUGCAUAAAUCAAUUGCACUAUAAUUCAUUUUUUUUCCUAGUUGGUAUCCCCUAAAUGUUUCUUCUGUAAAUGUACUGCAUUUCUGUUCCUCCACGUGGUUGUCAAAACCUGUAGAUUUGGUGGUUUUUGUUGUGGUUAGUUUGUAUUUUGUAUUGAAGCACUUUGAUGCUUUUGCACAUUGGGGGGGGGGGGGGGAAGAAAGAAAAAAAAACAUUAAAUGUGUUAUAUUGCAAUUUGCAUGCAUAAGUGAUUAAGUGUUCUCUAUUCGUACCGACUUACUUCUGGACCUGUCCCUUUAAGCUCCACACGUUUCUAGUCUUAUUUGAAAAAAUGAGAGGGCCAUGAAGCCAUAUAGGAAGUAAGACUGACCUACUGUAUAAUCCUGAAGACGGCUUAUGUAAUGUAGUAUUUCCCUCAGAGAAUUUCGUUGUUUGUUUUGUGCAAUGGAACAAAGAUUUUGUAAUCCUCAAGUGUGCAGCUUUUUUUUCUUUUUUCUUUCCUUCCAUGUGGUCCGAAAAUCAGUGAUUGCCAUUAACUUUUGAGUUGCAAGUGGUCUCUUUGUUUGCUAUCCAAAUCGGUCUGCUCAAAACUUUAAGUUGUGGGCCCCCCUUUUCUAUUGUUGUAUUUCUGUGAACAUUAUGCUAAUUUCAGCUUGAAAGAGAUUUCAGCUUUAAAUAUUGAAUGAAGUAAGAUGAGUAGCCGAUUUUUAAAUUUUAAUUUGAUAGUUCAGGCCCCAAUACAGCUGUGUGCUUUGAUAGAAACCUUUUUGCUCCUCUCCACCCAAAGCCACUUUUGUUUUGUCAUAAAUGCUGAAUUUUCCCUGUCUCACCAAAAUGUUUUUGGGCCACCGUGUUCAUUUUUAGUAUUGCUUUUAGUAUUCAGUGUUUUUUUUUUUUUCUUUAAAAAAAAUAAAUAAAUAAAUUUAAUUCAUAUUUUGAAAUUUAGGAUGUAUUGCUUGCAAAAUUGAUUUGUCUGUAUUGGCAGUAUAAUUUAUGUGAAAAAUCGUUCAGUUCGUCUCCAAAUGUAGGAAUUCAGUGGGUGUAUAGACACAUUGUUUCCCUAGGUUUGAGCGUUGCAACAAUCGUUAACCUCUGCCUUCUGCAACUUGUCAAUAAAAAAAAAAAAAUUCUGUUAAGAAACAAAUGGCAAAAUUUGUUUUGUUUUUUUAUUCCAAUCAAAAUGUCCCAUUUUCUAGGAAACCCGCAUGCGGUUAUGUGUUGAAACAGUGCAAAUGUUGCUUAUAUCUUGGUCUACUCUGACCAUGCACGUGGUGUUUGCAUACAUGAUUUAAUGCUUAAGUCUGCAAUCGGAACAGGUUCUCUGUUCUCUAACCAUCUCAGGUUAGAUGCAGAUCAAGUCAUCACUGGAAAGUACAGAUGUUUUUGUGACAGAUUGGAUACGGCCUCAGUCAUGGACCGUUCCGUAGUUAAAAUUUCAGUAGGAUGCAGGAUAUCUUCAGACUCCCAAGUCAGGUUUUUUUUUUCUUUUCCUUGUAACAGUAUGACCAAAAGUCCUAACAUAUUUAUUGCUUUUGCAAAUAUACCAUUAUGUGGGCAUGAUGCUAAAAUAAUUGAUUAAAAAAUUCCUUCUCUGCAGUCUGUACCCUCUAAAUAAUAUUAAAUUGUCUGGGAGUGCUUAAUACUGUCCUUUGUCAUGUUGUCUAGAACAAACAUAGCCUGCAUGAGUAAUAUGUCAUUUUUUAUUUAUAUUUAUUAAAAUAUUCCCCCUUAACAUAUCCCCUUUGUGUCUUCAGAGUGUUGCUCAACUGGACAGUUUUACUGUGCAUGAACUGUAAGGGCUCUUAAACUUAAUUACAAACGAAUGAUGCAAAAUGCUGUUUAUCUGAUGCCUAACAGAUCCUGUUGAAAUAGACAAUUCUUACUUUACAGUGAUAGCAUUUCGACCCCCUCUGCAAACAUUGUUUUGAUGUCUUCUAUUGAGCAUCUUCUACCGUAAUUUUGUAAGACAAUAAAGAGAGGCCCUUAUCUUCCCUGAUUAGAAACCCUAACAGGUGCUAUUUGAAAGAUACCUGCAUCAUCAGCUUUUGCUUUAAUGUUGUGUUAUUUUGCAAUUGAAUUGGGAGACAAAAUUAUACAUAAAUUACAUGCAUCCUUCCAUAGAAUAGUAGAGAUUAAUUUUUCAGGUUUGUAAAAUUUGUUGUAUGGUCCCGAGUGUAAAAUAGGGUUGGGCAUUGAGAACCAGCUCUAAAUUGCAACCAGUUCCAAAUUUACAAGAACCAGGAUUCACUAGGAAACCGGAGUAUCAGAUUCACAGAAUCUUAAAAGCAGGUUUUUUAGUCACGUUCACACAAU